CCUCUAAAUCCAACAUUAGAGAAAAUCAGAACCAAAUCUAUACUGAACCUGACCCAUCAUCAAAAUAAGUCCCCAAACCUGGAAUAAUGGGGCCUCUGACCACUGUAUUUCUUCUGCUCAUGUUUACAGGCACCACAAUGCUGAAAGAAUCAGGAAUUCGGUGUUAUUCUCUGAUAUAUGAGGAUGUGGCUCGGUCACAUCCCAGGCCAGGACAAUCCAACUUCACAAACACUGGCUACCUCAAUGGCCAAGUCUUCUACCAAUAUGACAGCAAAAACCAGAGAGCAGUACCCUCACCACCCUGGGACAAAGUGAAGGGAAUGCAUGACUGGGAGAAGGAAAGCCAGUUUCAGAAAAGAAGGGAAGACUUUGUCUUAGAUAACAUGCAAAAUAUCCUGGACUAUUACAAUGAUGGGAAUGGGUCCCAUAUCUUUCAGGGGCGUUUUGGCUGUAAACUUUGUGGUGAUAACUUCAUAAAGGGAUUCUGGAAGUGUCAAUAUGAUGGAAGGGACUUCAUCGAGUUCAAUACUGAUGAGAAACCAUCCUGGAUCCCUCUGGAUCCUGCCGCUCACAUGAUCAAGCAAAGGUGGGAGGCAUCUCCAGGUGCUGUGUAUCGGGCCAAAGCCUAUCUGGAGGAAGAGUGCAUUGGGACCCUACGAAGAUACAUAGAAUAUGGGAAGACUCAUCUUCGCCAGCUAAUCCCCCCCACAGUGAAGCUCAGCCAUAAUUCAUCCCUCGAAGGAAACCUGACUAUGAAGUGUCUGGCCCAUCACUUCUACCCAAAAGAAAUUGAACUAAAUUGGCUUUGGAAUGGAAAGGUCCAGGAGAAAAAAGUUGGAGAAAUUCAGCCUAUUGGAGAUGGCACUUAUCAGACUUGGAUAACUGCUGAAAUUCCUUCUUCAAAAAAAAACAGUUAUUCCUGUCAUGUAGUUCAUGAAAGUUCAUUUGAAAGCCUUGUUGUGAACUGGGCCAAGGAAUAAGAAGUCAGAGACUGACAGGGCUUUACAGAUACAGUUCUUUUGUUCUAUCAAGCAAGAUAGGAAAGAGAAUUUGAAAUGACCUUCUCAAAAACCCACUCCCAUUACCACUAUACUUCAUUACCAUUUUCUUCAAUAGUAACUGUUAUUUGGGUCUCUGGCAAAGAUAAUUAAAUACACCGAGGCCCUCCCUGUCAAAGCAUAUAAUAUAAGAUGAACAACAUUAAGUAUAACAAAAUAAAAUUAUGUAAAUCAA